CUAGAAAGAGUCAGUCUGUAUCAGUCUCUCACAGAGUAAACUCUUUUGUUUUCAAUAAAGACGUCUACUUAAUCACGUGUAAAAUAAAGAAUUGGUUCAGCUUGAAUUUUGAAAAAAAAAAACAAAGGGAUCAAUAAAAAAUGACAGUCAAAUUGUUUUUGGCCAUCUUUGCGGUGAUUUUAACUGGGUGUGGGGUGUCGCCAAGGCCGAUAAAUGGACCAAUCAAUGAGCCGAUAAAAAUUUCACUAGACAAGCCUGAAGAAUUUUUGGACAAUAACAUCAUACGAACUGCAUCGGGCUGGGAACGUAGUAUGGACCUAUUAGGCCAAAUUGUGGAUGCACUAAGAAUCGGCAGAGGGAGAUUAGUGAAUUUUGCAAUGAUGACUAGAAAUAUCAUUGCUGAGAAGGCCGAGGAAUUUACGAGUGAGGCUUCGAAUAAAGUGAUUGCAGUUAUAGCGGCUAGAGAAGCCAAGAAAAUCAUUGAAGACGUUGAGGCCAAAAAAUCCUUUGGUGUGUCAAAAAAAAAGGGGUCUAUUCAAGGGGAAAAAUUGGAAUUGAAGACGUCUGGGAAUGAUGAACCACAAAAGACUGUCAAAAGGAGUACAAUCGAGUCACAUAGUGGUUCUCCAGUGAAAACCAGUCCAAUCUCCGACUUUUUCCCUCCGAAAACUCGAGAGAACGCUCGUCUCGAGAACGAAGGCGGUCAAUCCCUCUUCGAAUUACCCAAGAAAACAUCGAUUCAGAAGUUGCUGCUGUCGAUGUUUACGCCCACACCUCUGCUGGACCGAACGACCGAGGAGGAGAAGUACGGAAACUCUGGGGAGAGAUUCAAUGAUGUUGGAAGAGCUCUCGUCAACGGCUUCGAAGCCCUCAGCAAUUUUAUAAAUACUGUUGUCGACCUGCCCGUUAACGCAGCGAAAAAAACGUCGAGGGGUCUCACUGCUGCGCUCAAUCAAGUUGGAGGAAAGUUGAUUGGUUUAGAAUAGGCAAUAUACAAUGCCA